CUUUAAGUAAUAAAUUCCCAUCACACAUUAAAUAGAGCAAAAAGGGUAGUGGGUCCUCUAUCCAUACUUUCCAACCAUUCUCCUUCUUACACGUCGCUUGUCAGUCCUCUUCAACUACCUAUCAGACUUUGUUAUCUAACUCCAACCACAUGCUGUUUAACCCCCAAACGAUCAUCGCAUGACCAAUAUUCCCACACAAUUUCCAAUCAAAUCCCCAAUUUGCUACUUCUAGGGUUCCUGUUCAUCAAUUCGAUUCACCAGAUCACAAUUCAUAACAACAAUGACCACAGCAAGUUAUCAUCUACACACACCGUUCAUAAAUUCCAGUUGUUGUUACUCGAAUGUUGGUGUGUCUUCAAUCUACGGCACUUGUUUUCCGGUUGCGAGUGUUCGGAACCCUAGGAAGAAGAAGGUUUCGACGGUUGUGAAGGCGGUGGCUGCUGCGCCGGCUCGUGGUGGUGGUAGCCGGAGUGGUGAGGAGUUGCAGGUGUCGUCGAAAGCGUCUACUAGUAGUAGUGCGUUGGAGCAGUUGGAUAUUGAACGUGGUGUUUGUAUUCCGUUUCGGAAGUAUACACCUGAAACUGUUAAGAGUAAGGUGUUGGAAUCACAAGGGGCGAUUUUGUCACUGGUUGGUAGAGGAGUUGAGAUAGUUUGGAAGUUAGGGUUCUACUGGACUAGAUUGGUGUACGAUUACUUAGUUGGCCGCGAUGAAGAAGUUGUUCCUUUUCGCGCUCGGCAGCUCAGGAACUUAUUAUGUGAUUUGGGGCCUUCUUUCAUUAAAGCUGGCCAGGUUCUUGCAAACAGACCUGAUAUUAUUAGGGAAGAUUAUAUGAACGAACUUUGCAUUCUUCAAGAUGAUGUUCCUCCUUUCCCCAAUCAGGUCGCUUUCCAAAUUAUAGAAGAGGAAUUGGGUCAACCUCUAGAAGCGAUUUUCAGCAAAAUUUCAUCGGAGACUAUAGCAGCCGCAAGUUUGGGUCAAGUUUACAGGGCUACUUUACGGGCAUCGGGAGAGGAUGUUGCUAUUAAGGUUCAAAGGCCUGAAAUAGAGCCUAUAAUAUACAGGGAUCUUUUCCUUUUCCGAACACUUGCUUCUUUUCUAAACGGAAUCAGUCUACAGAAACUGGGUUGCAAUGCAGAGCUUAUUGUUGAUGAAUUUGGUGAGAAGCUUCUGGAGGAACUUGAUUAUACAUUGGAAGCUCGAAAUAUUGAAGAUUUUCUCGAAAACUUCAAAGGCGAUCCAACCGUUAAAAUUCCUAGGGCCUACAGACAGCUUUCCGGUUCGCGUGUUCUAGUUAUGGAAUGGAUUGAUGGAAUCCGGUGUACUGAUCCACAGGCCAUCAAGGAGGCAGGUUUAGAUGUAAAUGGAUUUUUGACUGUUGGCGUUAGUGCUGCUUUGAGACAGUUGCUAGAAUUCGGGUUGUUUCAUGGAGAUCCGCACCCUGGAAAUAUCUUUGCCAUGCGUGACGGGCGCAUUGCUUAUGUGGACUUCGGGAAUGUUGCUCAGCUAAGCCAACAAAAUAAACAGAUUUUGAUUGAUGCUGUUGUGCAUGCUGUAAACGAAGAUUACGCUGAAAUGGCAAAUGAUUUCACUAGACUUGGAUUCCUUGCAAAGGGAACAGACGUCUCACCGAUAAUUCCAGCAUUGGAAGCAAUUUGGCAGAAUUCUGCUGGGAAAGGACUCGCUGAUUUUAAUUUUAGAAGUGUUACAGGAAAAUUUAAUCAACUUGUUUAUCAAUACCCUAUUCGGAUCCCUGAAAGAUUUUCUCUAGUCAUUCGUUCUUUAUUGACUCAAGAAGGCAUCUGUUUUACACUGAAACCAGAUUUUAAAUUUCUUGAGGUCGCAUAUCCAUAUGUUGCAAAGCGCCUUUUGACAGACCCAAACCCUGCUCUUCGAGAACGCCUUAUACAGGUUCUUUUCAAAGAUGGUGUUUUCCAGUGGAAGCGACUUGAAAACUUAAUUGUGCUGGCAAAGGAGAAUGUGUCAAAGAUGAGCAGCAAUCCUGCACUUCAAGGAAAUAACGCAGGAAGUUCUAGAGAGCUGAAGGUUCAAAAGAAACUGGAUCUAACUGACACCAUUAAAGAUGGAGCUCGUCUUUUUCUUGUUGAUGAAGGAAUACGUAGACAACUUCUUCUUGCAUUAACAGAAGACUCUAAGCUUCAUGUUGAAGAGCUUGUUGACGUGUAUAGGCUUGUUGAAGACCAAAUAGACAUACCCUCAGUUGCGUUGGAAGUAGUCAGAGACUUACCUUCAGCCGCUCGAGAUUUUAUGCUCUCCUGGAGUGCAUCUGUCCUAUCUGAUAAAUGAUUCAGGUUUUUGACAUGCCUAUUUCCACCUACACAUUUCUUUUUUAUUUAUUUAUUUUCCCUUACACUUUCCACAUAAGCCACAGAGAGCCCCGCAUACGUUAAUAAACGAUAGCAAAAAAUACUUAUAGUUGUAUAGAACCAAACCAUUAGAUAAUUUCUUGGCUAAACAACUUUCAUGAGUUGGUAGAGGUGAUAUAUUAUGUAUAGUGUAUAUAACAUAACAAUAUUGGUUAUUAGAACCAUACAAUGUAUUUUUAGGCGUAAAUGAUGAUUGAGAGAUGCUGUGACUUAUAGAUAUCUUGCAGCAUGUUUUGAUACAAUGGGCAUUGAAUCUGAAACUUGACGAUGUACAAAUGGUGUUCUUGUGGUUGUAUCUCUAGUUUUUGUGCAAUUCUCACA